GGAGGAACAACACACAAGACUUGGAAGGAAGAGGAGGUGGCGGGGCUGUUUCAAGUGGUAGCGUAUCAAUAUUAUAUUCAGCUCACAGUUUGCCAAACAAGUGAUCAUUUUCAAACACUCAACGUCCAUCCAGGAUGGCCGAGCAAAUCAGCAACGUUAGAUAUCAGGAGCUGUUGAAUGAGGAGGAGCCAGCAGUAGCCCAGCCCCCCCAGCAGGAAGCAGCUGUCCUGGAUGCCCCUCCCCCCUACAGCAGCAUCUCAGCUGCCAACGCAGCGUUCUUUGACUCCAAGGAGGAUGCAGGCAGGUUCCCCAACCCCCCGUCCUACAACGUGGCUACCACACUGCCCUCCUAUGAUGAAGCAGAGAGGACCAAAGCUGAGACUGGCGUGCCUCUGGUCCCUGGCAGGGUCGUGGAGGAUGACUUUGACGACGCUGACCAGCUGCGGAUAGGGAAUGAUGGCAUCUUCAUGCUCACCUUCUUCAUGGCAUUCCUGUUCAACUGGAUUGGUUUCUUCCUGUCCUUCUGUCUGACCACUUCUGCAGCCGGCCGCUACGGAGCCAUCUCUGGGUUUGGCCUGUCUCUCAUCAAAUGGGUUCUCAUAGUCAGGUUUUCCACCUACUUCCCUGGCUACUUUGAUGGGCAGUACUGGCUGUGGUGGGUGUUCCUGGCUUUGGGCUUCAUGCUGUUCGUCAGAGGGUUUGUCAACUACUCCCGGGUUCGCAAAAUGGCCGACCCCACUUACGCCACACUGCCCCGAACAAGAGUCCUGUUCAUCUACUGAAGCUGGUUUUUGAAUAAACAAACCGUCCCUGGAUAAAUAAUCCUGGAUGUUUGAAAAGCAUCACACCGACAAAAAGCAACAAAACUACAAAAGUCUAAAACCAAACUACUCCGAUUACCCAUCACCACGUGGCCCAUCACCACACGGCCCAUCACCACGCGGCCCAUCACCACGCGGCCCAUCCCAACGCGGCCCAUCACCACGCGGCCCAUCACCACGCGGCCCAUCACCACGCGGCCCAUCACCACGCGGCCCAUCACCACGCGGCCGGAUGGAAAAACCACACAACAAAAUGUUGAUGAAGACAACUCUUGUAACAUUCAGGAAAUAAAUACAUAAUUUGUUUUAUUUUAUUUGAAAACUUAAUUAAUGGAUAAUGGUAGUAUGUACUUAUUAGUGGCGAAUGAAAAGUGCUAUUUUACAUUUUCAGUCUGUAAUGUAUGGGUAAUGCCUUAUAUAAUUUGAUGGCAGUGUAUUAGCAUGCAUCAAGGGAUCAGUCUUAUUUCGCUAAUAUAUUCAAAGCCCACAGGUGUAAUGCAUUAUGAUGCAGUCAUAAUGCACUAUAAGCACUUGUAACACCUUUAUGUUCAUAGUAGUCACCAGCUCAUAGUAAUCAUGAGAUCAAGCAGUUGAGGAUGGAAAAAAAAGUCACAUGUGGCAUUACAAUUUAUGGGUUCGUAAUAAAACAUUUAGACGUUUUAUUCAGUAAUAAUGCACUAUACCUGUUGGCUUCAUGUGAAGUGUUAGCCUUAUUUCUAGCCAGUAGAGGGCAGAGUUCUUAGCUAAAUUUUUAGUCAUCAUGAAUUAUUCCUAUAAGACAGAAUCCUACCUUUAUAUGCGCACAUACCUCAAACAUAAAAGUAUCGUAUGUGCAUAUCUGAAGGUAAAGAUUUUGUCCAAAGUGUUUUUUUGUUGUACAAGUCAUACAGUUUUAUUGUUUAGUGUAGAGAAAUAACACAUUAGGUAUGGAAACAAACUAUGAUGGUAUCAGAGAAUGUAAGCAGGUGCACUUUUAGAAACAUAUUAAUAAAACCCCAGGGAGUAACUCCCAAUGGAAACGGACAUAUUAUCCAAUGCAAUCAACUAUACAUGACCAAAUGGUAGUACCUGUAGUUAUUCAGUGAGUAUAGAGCUUUCAUAAGGGUGACAUGGCAAUUUAUAACUUUACAAAUUAGAUUUAGUAAGAAGACAAGAAAUUAUACUCUACUUGUCGAUUUUUCUCUUUAGGCAAUUGUUGGCAUAUUGUUAACUGUAAAUUAUCUCAAACGUGCUCUAGUGGACCACCUGUAUGCCAGCCAGUCUGUUUUAAACCAGCUGUUUAGAUUUCUUGCUUAGCCCUUUAUGUGGAAUGGUACAGCACAGCUAAGAUCCAAACCCAGUCCGAGACACACACAGCUCUGAUCUGUAGUACAGCUAAGAUCCAAACCCAGUCCGAGACACACACAGCUCUGAUCUGUAGUACAGCUGGAUCCUUGGGAUUUUAUUGUUAUGAGAUAUUAUGUUUUAAACUGUAAAAAGCUUCAUGUCCUAAUAAAUGUCACUUUUAAAAUUGA